UUGACAAGUAUACAAAAUGGAUCAACUUAAAAGUAAAGUGGUAAAUGUGGUCCUCACCAUCCAAGAAGGUAAAGGAAUGGAAUCCAUAAAAAAUUUGACAUUUAUCUCUGCAAUUUUUAAUGGGAGAGUACUAGAAUCGGAUCCGGUAACUGCCGAAGACUGUCCGUCGUUUAACACAAAUUUAAUCUGGGAAAUCGAGAAAAAAGAUUUAAGAAAAAUUAGAAGUUCCAACCAACCAUUGAGGGUAGAAUGUGUGAGUGUCGAUACCCAAAAUCGUAGAGAGAAGUUUGGGCACGUAUUAUUAGACUUGAGAAGUGCUCUAAUUGUGAAAAAUCCAGACGACAAAGUGCCUUUCAAAUGGCAGAAACUGAUUGCGGUACGCAACAAAAAAAGAAAUUGUUUUCCUGAGUUGUACUUGUCGCUGACCAUACGAAAUCAAAUAGAAGUAGCAUGUCAAGAAUCGUUGGAACAGAUCUGGGAAGCCGAACCUAGAAGCGAAGGAGCCAUACCCAUCAAAUACCUCGAAGACGGUUACAUUGCAGUGGGCGACGAACGGCUCUGUUCAGAAGAUUAUUCCUUGAACAUUCUUAUCAAAUCGGCAACCAGCUUGGACCUACUAUUGCCAGAAGUACUAGUCUUUCAAAGCAACAAUAAAUACUGCAUGAGCAUCAAGAUAUUUGGAAUCCCCAUCAGAACCAAACAGUUCUCAAAAGAUCUCCACGACAAAAUCGUUUUCGAAGAGAAGAUCGUGGUACGAUUAUUAUCAAAUGUGGAUAUCUUGCAGCAGUUCUUUGCCGAAGAAAAAUUUGAAGUGGGUUUCAGCUGUGGACAGGACCUUUUGGGAGUGACGACUGUCAGUUUCGACGGUUUAAUAAACACCAAUGAGAAACUUUUGCUGAAUACGUGUUACUUUAGAUUUCCCUCCCCCAAUGGAAUAGUCCCUGUGGGUAAAGACGGUAGGAAGCCUGUCCUAGCACUGGAAAUCUUCUUAGUUCAAAAUCGAGGGAGUAUCUCUGCUUUGAUUGUCGGUGUCAGCACUAGCGCUGAAAAUGUGGAAAACGAUGUGUCUAAAGCGUCAGGUGAUCACGAGGAAGCCAAAGCACAACAGCAGAUUCUCCUGGUUACUGAAGAGCACAUGAAGGAGCUGGAGGAGUGGAAACAGCGACAGAAAGUCGAGUUUGAACAGCAGUUGCACAAAGUAAAGGAAGAAGAGUUAGAGAAAGAGCGCGAAGAGAUGGAGAAAGAACGCGAAGAAUUAGAGCGAGAACGCGAAGAGUUAGAGAAAGGACACCAAGAGUUAGAAAAAGAACGCGAAGAACUCGUAGAGAAAAAAGCGGAUUUGGAUGAGAACAUAAAAAAAUGUAAAGAGUUGCAGGAUGAGCUGCAGGAAAAACUCAACGAGUUGAAGCUGUCGAGAAUUUUGAAGAAAAAGAGCAAGACUUCGGGGAAUAUUCUCGGUGUGAUUGAAGAAAAUCAGAAGAAAUUUGCCGACUGCGACAAGGAGUUGUUGAUCGACUAUAUCAGUAAGCUGCAGUAUGACAAUGAGAAUUUGAAGCAGAUAUUAAAUGAACAAAAACAGGAAGUGGAGAAUAACCAGAGAACCGCUCUGACUAAAGAGCAAACGACUAACCUGCUACAAGAAUUAAAGGGAUUGGAAGAAAAAUUUGAAGUAGCUCAACAGACAAAGACGUAUUUCAAAGAACAGUGGCAAAAAGCGUGUCAAGAAAUCCACAAUUUGAAAGCUGAAGAUUAUCGCCAACUUCAAAACCAACUACGUGAAAGAAGGGAAGAACUUAGUCAACUAGAUCACUUGUGUAUUAUGGAUGAACCAAACGGACUCAUCUCUUUUUGAAUAUUAAAUAAAGAGGAUCAUAUUGCUGAA